AAGCUUUAACUGUGCUUUAAUAAUAAUUUAAUUUAUUACUUGUACAAUUUAUUAUAUGGAUAUAUUGAAAAAUCGUGUUUCAACUGAUUAAAUAUGAUUGUACAUAAUCUCAGUUAGCCCAACAUAAUAAUAACAGUACAAGUUAAUCAUAAAUCAACUAUAACCUUCAAUAUAAUACACCAACUAUAACUAUAACCUUUACCGCAGGAUGCAGAUUUAAAAAAUGAAUUUAAGGACAAAGAAUGUUUUAUCAUUAUUAUUUCGAUCGUCAUUUGGUUUACCAUUAGGAACAUGGAUUAUUGUGUCAAUUGUUUAUUACUGGUGGCUUAUAUCUCGUAUCAAUGUGUUAGAAACACAAAAUAAAGUGUUCAAGUCACAAUUAAAAUUAUCACAAAAUGUAAUGAGACAAAUAGAAUCUGAUAUUACUUACAAAGUUCCUGAGAUUCCAGAUGAAGCUGGAACUCUCUGUGAGACAAUACAUAUAGCAUUGGUCUGUAUGGGCAAAUGUACUCGCAUUAUAAUGCCAAUGCUCAAAUCACUUCUGCAACAUCGGCAGAAUCCAAUACAUUUUCAUUUCAUAGUUGACAUGGCAGCGAAACAAACAAUAUCCAAAUUAUUUGAUACAUGGGAUUUACCUGAUGUUAAAUAUACAUGUUACAAUGCCCAGAAUCGUUUAUCUCAAGUCCGUUGGGUACCGAAUAGUCAUUAUUCAGGAAUCUACGCGUUAGUGAAGCUGUUAUUUCCAGAUAUAUUACCAGAGAGUCUACAGCAAGUUAUUGUGUUGGAUUCGGAUUUGACGUUUCUCUGUGAUAUCGCUGAACUGUGGAAUAUGUUUAGAAAUAUGACUGAUAAUCAGUUGUUUGGUUUAGUUGAAAAUGAAAGCAACUGGUAUUAUGAUACUGAUAAAAGAUGGCCAGCACUCGGUAGAGGUUAUAAUACAGGUGUGAUGUUGCUAGAUUUAAAUAAGAUACGUAAUAAAAUAAAUUGGACGAAAGUAUGGCAUAGUGCGGUUAAUGAAAAUAUAGAGAGAUUGAAGCAAACAACUUUAGCGGAUCAAGAUGUUAUAAAUGCAAUUAUUAAAAAGGACACAAAGCUGGUGUAUAAUGUUAGCUGUCAGUAUAAUGUACAAAUGUCCACAAAGACUUUAGCUAAAGGCUGCUACGGUGAAGAUAGAGAUAAUGUUAAGAUAAUACAUUGGAACUCUCCGAGUAAAUACAAUAUUAGGAUAAGAGAUGCUGAUUAUUUCAAAAAUAUUCACUUAUCCUAUGUUAAUUUUGAUGGAAAUCUACUAAGACAAAAACUACAUACAUGCUCCCAAACUGAACCAGUCACAUAUAAGAUAAAUCAUUCAGAUUUAUGCAGCAGUUUCCGCGCGGCGCAAAGGGUCAAGUUGCGUACACAUUUGUACUAUAUGGAGUACACUUACGCUGAUAUAGACAAUUUUGACGUCACUCUAGUAUUACAGUUGUCUAUGGAUAGAUUGCAGUUCCUAGAGCGAUUAGUUAAAUAUUGGGAAGGUCCGCUAAGUGCUGCCAUCUAUCUGUCAGACUGCGAGCUGACGAAGUUCCAGAGCUUCAUCCGAGACUGGUCUGACACGCUCAGCAGCAGGAAGAAUAUAGGAUAUCAUUUAGUGUUUAAACACGAUUCCGUGCACUAUCCAGUGAAUUAUCUCCGUAACGUAGCUCUGGAGAACGUAAAUACGCCUUAUGUAUUCCUAAUGGAUGUUGAUUUUGUACCAAUGGCAGGAUUAUAUGACCACUUAAGGGAUGCUGUCAAAAUAAUCAACCCCUAUGCACAGAAAAAGUGUCUGGUAGUGGCGGCGUUCGAGACGCAACGGUACCGCGCGUCGCCGCCGCGCAGCAAGGCCGCGCUGCGUGCCCGCCUCGCUACUGACGUCGCCCCGUUCCGCGCGCGCGAGUGGCCGCGCGGACACCGCCCCACUAAUUACACUAAAUGGAUCACCGCUAAUGCACCUUAUAAUGUGGAAUGGCAGUCGGAUUACGAACCGUACUUGGUAGUUCAUCGUUCGGUUCCCAAAUACGAUACACGAUUCUCCGGAUUCGGUUGGAAUAAAGUAUCUCAUAGUGUAGAGCUCCGAGCACAGGGUUACCAGGCCGUGGUACUCCCCGGCGCGUUCGUAGUGCACACGCCGCACGCACCUUCCUACGAUAUCACAGCGUUCCGCGCGGACCCGCACUAUCGUAUAUGUUUAGCAAUACUGAAACAAGAAUUUAUGGACGAUCUCAAAAGGAAGUACAAUGUAACAUUCGAAGAACCAUCGAAGCAAGAAUCUAUUUAUUUGGGACAAGCUAAGAGUCUAUUAAACCAAAAAGACAAAAAAUAACAGCUGUACAAUACUAAAGUAUCAAGAAAUUAAGUUUUCACACGAAAUGUAAGUAUCAAUUAUUAAUAAUUAUUAUUAUUAUUAAAAUAUACUUUUAUGGUCUCGGAAAAAAUACU